UUCACCCUGUUACGAGUUGAUGAACACGGAAACAAUUUUGGAAACAUUAUUUUAAGGUAGGCCUACAAAAAACUCUUUGGUGUUGCUUUAAAAGAAGAAACAUCCAGACAUGCGGUGGGGUUGUCCUUGCCCACACAGCAGACGGAAUAGCCUAUGAAAUACAUAAUUAAUAAUUAGCCUACGUAUAACUGAAUUUGCUUGUCCUGAUUCCCUGGAUUUAGCAGAAAGUAAACAAAUUACACUAUAACUGAGAAAAAAGCAUUCAUUGGUCAGGUGAGAGAUUUGUACACCCUCCCAAAACGACCGCAUGCUCCACCCUAACAUAGUGCUACAUUCGGCGGCCGCAGACUGCCGUUCACUGGACUCGUGUUAGACUUUCAGUAAGAAAGUUUUUCAUGUGGAUUACCGAUCAUGAGAUGACUGGGCAGUUGCUAACGUGACACAUUGGAAAACGGCGAUUAGAAAAGGCAUACCUGAGUUGGAGCCUUGUACCGUCACUGGUUGGAAAUACAACUUGAGUUAAGAGAUGGGUCAGAGGGGAGGCUUCUAACCACCGAUAAGGCUACAUCUGUGGCUAUGGAGCAAACCCAAUCAAGCUGAAAGAUCUUCUUUGUUCUAAGGGGUUCAAAGAUCAGUCCUCACCCUGGGCAGAUGAAAUGGGGACCUUCAACUUCACUCCUACAGAAUCCCUGAAUGCAAAUGGAAAGGAUUUGCCUUUAGUGAGCCUGGACAACAUUGUGGAGGUGGUCUUCAUAAUUCUAGGACUUGGUUCUUUGAGCUUGAUUACAAUUAUUGGUAAUAUCUUGGUCAUUGUCUCUAUAAAAGUAAACAGGAAUCUCCAAACAGUUAACAAUUAUUUCCUGUUUAGCCUGGCCUGUGCAGAUCUGAUAAUUGGCCUGUUCUCCAUGAACCUCUACACAGUCUACAUAGUGGUUGGCUAUUGGCCUCUUGGCCCCGUUAUUUGUGACCUGUGGUUGGCCCUUGACUAUGUUAUGAGCAAUGCAUCAGUAAUGAACCUGCUAAUAAUAAGCUUUGAUCGCUAUUUCUGUGUAACCAAACCACUCAGUUACCCGGUCAACAGAACCACGAAAAUGGCAGGCAUGAUGAUAGCCGCAGCGUGGGUGCUCUCGUUCAUAUUAUGGGCGCCGGCCAUUCUUUUCUGGCAGUUCAUUGUGGGUGAGCGGACAGUUCCAGAACAGGAGUGCUACAUUCAGUUUUUCUCCAAUGCAGUGGUGACCUUUGGCACGGCCAUUGCUGCAUUCUACGUGCCGGUAAUUACCAUGAUCGUGCUGUACUGGCAGAUCUCCAAGGCCAGCAAGAGUCGUGUGAGGAGGGAGAGCAGGAGGGUGUCCAGUGAAAGUCAGGACAAUCAUCAGGGCGGCCUCACCCAAGGAGCCAAUCAGUGCAGGGGGAAAGGAAGCAAGGGUGGGAACAAGGCUGACAAAGGGCCACCGCUGCCUCCAUUAGACGCUGGCACUGAGGAUGCCACCACCGGAGAGGACCAGGAGACAGAGAACGAGUCCACAUCAGGCAGUGUCCUUGUUUCGUCCAAUCACAAAGAGGAGGAGGCUGAUGCUGUGGGGAAGACGGUGGUUGGCCAAACCACACUGUCGCCACAGUUAAAGUCAAAUUCGAACAGAACCAGAGCCAACUGGUCCAAACUCACCUGUAUCUGGUCACCAUCCCUACCUACUGACACGAAGGUGGAGACAUUCCCUGAAGGGUCAAGUUCGGUUUCUCAGAGGAUCCUAAAAUCGACCCUUCGGCCACCCAAAAGGAGAAAGCGAGGAGGUGUACCGUCCCGUGAGAGGAAAGUCACACGGACCAUCAUGGCUAUUCUGGUGGCCUUUGUGGUUACUUGGACUCCGUACAAUGUGAUGGUCCUCAUCAACACGUUCUGCAGCACCUGCAUCCCAGCCUCCAUGUGGACCUUUGGCUACUGGCUCUGCUACAUUAACAGCACGGUCAACCCAGCCUGCUAUGCUCUGUGCAACAUAACAUUCAAAAACACCUUCAAACAACUCUUGCUGUGCCGAUACAAAAAUAUCCGCUCAUCUAAAUGAAGAAAGAUGCUAAAAUGAGGGAAGGUUAAUAUGGAAUUGAUUAGAGGUUAAAAAAAGGAAUCUUUAAAGUUGCCAUCAGCGAUUUCGCAGGAGAUGCCAUUUGUUUGUGUUUAUAUUUUAAUGUAUUAGCAGACACUUUUGUCCAAAACAGCGUUAUAUUUGAACCAAGGACCAAACGAAACACGCCAGAAAGGUACAGUAGCUCUACCUUCAGAAUUCCAGAGAAAUUCCACGCAAAGUUUCGUUUUGGUAGGUGGACAGGGUUAACCUGACUCUCGCCAGAUGAAUUUCGUUCCGCCUAGCUCCGCCUAGCUCCACUCACAGGAUGAGAAUGAAAUUCAUCUGGCGAGAGUCAGGUUAGGACAGGGUGCCCCUACUUUCUUUGUUUCCAAUUUUCAGAGCCUGGGCUGCCUACAGAGAGCUGUUUUAUUUACAGUGUAAUCACGGAAUGGGCGUGGGCCGGAAAUCGUGUAAAAUCGCUACACCUUUAAUCUCAGACACCCUAGAGCCAGUAUUGAUCAGAUAUAAGAUCUGUGUGAGUUGUAUAUCAUUAGGUAUAAUGUAAUAACUGUAAACAUGCUAUAUACACAAAAGGCAUUUAAGUGACCUUAUAAUUUAAAUCCAUCUUGGCAUGUGAUGAUCCACCACUGUCUUACAGUGUAAUAUCCUGUGAUAAAGUUCAAUUUGUUUUAAGGCUUAACAUUACAUGUUGCCCCAAAAUGGUCAAUCACAUUCACUUUUUGCAUACACACAUUUAUUAUGAUUGAGUAACUAUUUAAACAUAAAACAUGUAACCUAUACUUUGAAUGUUACUCUUUUCAGUCAAGGGCUGUCACUGAAGGGUUUUGUUUCUGAUCUGUACAGCAGUUGGAUGCCAAGUGCAUGGUCUGCCAUUAUUUACUACAACAUGACAUGCUCAAGGUUACAUUUCUCUAUUGUAAAAUAGAUCCUUAAACUCCAGGAAUGUGAGGUCUCAAAAUGUGGUUUGAUGUGGUCUGUUGAACAUGUGUAUGUUUAAAGAGCAAUUGUAUUAAUAUACUACCUUCAUGUAUUAUGUGUAUAUAUUGCUUACACCAUAAAUCGUUAAGUCCUUUCAAGCUUGAGUAUCCUGCUUUGACUGUAAAAUAUAAAUGUUACUCCUAAUACUGUUAACACUGGUAAUUAUUGUUUCAGUAUGUCUCCCUGUCAUUUGAUAAUGCAUCAAGUUUAAAGUCCAUAAGAGAGAAAACUCUCAGAAGGUGUUGGUCAGACUAUCAAACCUGAAAUGUUCAAAUCUGUCAGCCUGCGAUGAUAGAGCAGUCUCAUAGCCUCCAUUACAAUGGCAAAUGAUGAUUGCUCUACACAUUUCCCAAAAUAAUUCAUCUACUCCCAGCAGAAAUAAAUGUCAGAUUUCACCAGCUAAUAAAUGAUAGUGUGUGUAGCCUAUCAACAUGAAAUGUGGGAUUUCAUUUCCAAUGGUGCCCAGGGUCAGCAUGGGGUUUUGGUACCUAUACUCACUGGUCAGGUGGCAUUCGCAGCUGAGGCUCAUGUUUUGCCAAAAACGGAUUUUCAUAAUUCUGUUUUCUGGCCUAAAGUAUUUAGCAUAGCAUUGCCUGUUAAAAAAUUGGUAAUCUGCCAUGCUCACUAAAUUUACAUUUCUUCAUGGUCCUAUUUAUAUUUCCAUCUGCAUCUCCAGAAGGGAUUGUGUUAACAUCGUACAGUAGAGCCAACAUCCUUUGCCCCCUCACAUAUAAUACAACUAGAGCAGCAGGGGGUGCUAUAACUUCGAAAUCAGUACUUCACAACCUACCAUCUACCACUCAAUAAAUGGUCUAUCACAAUAUGAGUAUUUGCAUAUUCCAAUAUUUCCGUAUUCAGCAUCCUAAAGUGGGAUUAUUAUGGUUUUGGCGCAUGAAGUUAACAUUUUAAGUGACAAUGCUGCAGACCACCAUAAUAGUGCUCAUCAUAAUCAGUAUACACAACAUGUUUUUAACUUACAACUCAGUGAAUAACAUGGGAUGAGGGGCAGCUGUGGCCCACUGGUUAGCACUCUGG